GUGGGGUAGCGCCCAGCGUAUUCCUCCCCACCGCAAAGUGCUGUAUCCAUGCACAACGCCCUCCCUCUUCCUCAACCCCCUCACAGUUCUAUGUUUCUCUGUCGGCUCUGCCAGCUCUAGACCUGUAAUCCUUGAGCAAGAUGUCUAUUUCCGCCUCCGCCGCGGGGCAGGACUCCUCGCACCCGCAAGCCCCGCGCGCGGGCGUGCCCCGGAACCCGUCCUUCAUCCAGUUCACGCCCAAACGCGCCAUGGCGUCUUUCGAGAACCUGGUCGCGCUUGCAAACUACGAGGAACGUCUCAGAGAGGCGAGGAAGAUCGUAUGGCGCGACAGAGGCGAAAAGCCGGUCGAGCUACAUGACUUGUGGGAGUGUGCCGAACAUGCUGGCCGAGGGGGCAUGAGAGCUGGAGGACUGGCUUUUGCCAUCCGGGCGGGAGUCAAUCUCAUCCUGUUGUUGACGAGAAUUAAACGGAUCCCCGCAAAGCACCGCCUCGCCCUCAUCCGCCAUGCUGCCUUUGGCGAGGACUCGUUCCGUUUUGCCACUAUGCUAGGGUCCUUCGUCGCCAUCUACAAGUUCGUCUUGAACGCCCUGCCGAUCCUCCUCUCACCACCAUCAACUUCCCCUACUCUCCCGCACCACUCUCCCGCACAUCCGCGCUCGAGCUUCCAUGUCUCAGGGCCGUCAGAGUCACCCUUCCACGAGGAAGAAGAGGAUGAUCUCGAGAUGCAGCCACGCCGCCGGCCUACACGCCAGGCGCGCCUAUCUACGAGUGCACAAGCGCACCAGGUAUGGGUCCAUAAACGGACACGACGGUGGUAUUCCGUACUUGCAGGCUCAGCGGCUGGUGCAAUCGCCGUAUGCUUCGAGAAGAAGUCACGUAGAGUAGCGAUCGCGCAGCAGAUGUUUGUGCGAGGUUUACAGGGUUCCUUCAACGCCUUCUCGGAGAAGCAUGGCGUGAGCAUACCGCAUGGCGAUGUGCUUGUCUUCGGUCUAUGCUGUGGACAGAUCAUGUAUGCGUGGCUUGUCCGACCAGAGACACUUGACAGAGGAUACGAUAUAUGGAUCUCAACUGCAAGCAAAUGUCUCCCAGAAACCGUCGCGGUCGCGCGUGACUUCGUCCAACGCGGCGUUUUCAACGUGCAGGACAUGCAGAAGCUCAUCGCCCGACCCGACACCACCCCAGCGAACCGUGCCACGCUCCUCGCACGCAUCGCCCAAGCCACUGCGCCCCCGCCCGCGCAGUCCUUCGGCCCGGGCUUCGUGCCCUGUGCCGCGCUGCAUCCCUGGAACGACUCACACGUGCUCACGCAGGUUGAGCGCUUCGUGGACGUCUUCCGGUGGAUGCUGCCGAUCUAUGGGGCGCUGCACGUUAUCCCGAUGCUGCUCUUCCGAAGGAAGAGGGUGAUGAGGGACCCGGUGAACAUGCUCCUGAGGGCGGGGUGGGGCACCGCGAGGAGCUCGGCGUUCCUGGGGAUGUUUGUGUUCAUCUAUCAAUCGAUGUUCUGUGUCAAACACAACCUAUGGGACUUCCUCACCGACCUGCGCACGUCGCCCUCCACAUCCCUCCUCGCCUACCUCGCGCGGCUCCUCCCACAGCGCGUUAUCGACGCGCUGAUCGUGAAGAAGAGCUUUUACGCUCUCGGGAUACUGACGGGGCUGAGCCUGUUCGUAGAGGAGAAGAAGCGCCGCGAAGAGCUUGCCAUGUACGUGAUGCCGAAGGCACUGGAGAGCGCGUGGUUGAUGGCGAGGGGGCGCGGCUGGGUCGGGCGGACAGGUCAGUGGGGGGAGGUGUUGCUGACGGCGGUAGGAAUGGGGAUGGUCAUGAGUACCUAUCAGGUACGUAUAUCUAUGCGUACCUCCUUGGGCUGAACCUACUGACCGGUCUGUAGAACGACCCACAGCAUCUGUCGGGUCUCGUCCGGAGGAUUUUGUACCAGUUCGUCGGGCCCAACUAGGCCGCAUAUAGUGCGCAUACUGUAUACCACUCGGAGCGUGCAGCUUCCGCUGUUUAUAUUGUACUUCCCUCAACUCAGCCAGCAGUGCCUUUCCUUUUCAUUGUCCAACCCUUCUAUCUGCUAUAAUUCAUCUAUGCUGUUUUCUAACGCAGCGGACGUGGAGCUGUAUGCCUUCGAAGGGGAGCCUCGCCAUA